AUGAGCUCGUUGCCAGCCUCAUUAAAGAACUCUCGCUGCAUACUUCACAUUGAUCUGGAUUGCUUCUACUGUCAAGUUGAGCAAGUAAGACGAGGCAUUCCGUUUGAUACACCAGCCGCAGUUCAACAAUGGCAUGGCUUAAUUGCAGUAAACUAUGCUGCCAGAGAGAAGGGCAUCAAGAAAAUGACCAACGUGACAGAGGCCAGAAAGUUGUGUCCAGAGAUCCAACUGCUGCAUGUAGCAACUUUUGCUGAACACGACACAGAACCUAAAUACUAUGAUAAUCCAGAUCGAAGUACCCACAAAGUAUCCUUGGAUGCUUAUCGAAAUGCAUCCAGAGAUAUAUUCAAGAUCUUUCACAAGAAUUGCGACAAAAUACAAAAGAUUGGCACAGAUGAAGGCUUUAUGGAUGUGACGGAGAAGGUUAAUCAGCGUUUAAUUGAAAGAUAUAUCAACAAAAUGCCGGAAUUGUUGGACAGACUACAGGAUGAGGAGUGUGGUGUUUAUGUAAAUUGGGAUAAGCUCGGCUGUGUCAUCGAGUCCAGAGAGGAAGAACAGAGACGAUUAAAUUUCGAUGCGGAUUCGCCAGAGGAAGCGCAUUGGAAUCCUACAACAUGGCGAGAUUUACAAUUGUCAUUAGGUGCUGAAUUAGCGGCAGAAAUCAGACAGGAAGUGUAUGAUAAAUUGAAAUACUUUUGUUCUGCCGGUAUUGCACAUUACAAGGUUGUAGCCAAAUUAUGCUCCAGCAAGAAUAAGCCCAACAAGCAGACUAUAUUACGAGAAUCAGCUAGACUUGAUUUCAUGUGUGAGACACCGUUCAACAAGAUAAGGAAUUUGGGUGGAAAACUGGGUAAUGAAGUGGUGGAGGAUUUGAGCAUACAGAAUGCAAGUGAGCUUUGGGGCCAUUCGAUGGAGUCGUUGCAACAGAGAUUUGGAGAAUCCACAGGCGUAUUUUUGUAUAACAUAUGUCGCGGCAUUGAUCAUGAAGAAGUUCUUCCUAGCAAGGCUCCUAAAUCGCUCAUGGCAGCCAAGACAUUUACUAAACCAGUGGCACAACAAGAGGAUCUUCAAAAGUGGUUUACCAUCCUGGCUGCUGAAUUACAUCGUCGUAUCAUACAACAUUAUGAGGAAUAUGGUAGCUGGCCGAGAGCGAUCACUCUAAGGUAUGCUACAGUGAGUCAUCCCUCUUACCGAUCAAAAGGACUAGGAACCUUGUACCGAGAUGACAUGAAAACGCAUGAAAUCCUUGCCAAGAAGUUUGCCAGCGUUUACAAUUCAAUGGAAGACGGAUAUCCUUGUAUUGGUCUUGAUUUGAUGGCGUCAAAUUUAUCCUUUGAUGAAUCAGUCAAAUCGCAUACCAUCAAUCAAUUCUUUACCAAAUCGAAGGAUGCAAGUGCACACAACGCCAAUGGAAUAGAGGAACAAUUAUUAAAGCAAGCAUCAGAUACGGAGAGCAGUAAGAGUAGUAGCAGCAGCAAGACACAAGGUGGGUUAUUCUCCAGAUACAAUGCUCAGGAACAACAACAACAAGGUGAAACAUAUCUUUGCGACAAGUGCAAUCAAUAUGUCUUGAUUGCUUCUGUUGAGGAGCAUUCUGAUUACCAUUUUGCCAUGGAUCUCAUGAAUGAAGAAAGACAGCGGUUACAGCAGAGUCGAUCCUUAUCCUCGCCUUCUUCCAUUGCAGCAUCACCCUCGUCAUCCACGAAAAAGCGAAAAUCACAGCCAAAACGAUUGAGUGAGGAAGAUCGAAAGCAAAAGAGAUCACUGUUCUUUCAACCAAAGCGAGCGCCUUAA